AAAAUCGGUCAUAGUAUAUUUAUUUUGAUGUGAAACUCCAGUUGUCUUUCCCUGUUAAUUGUGUUUCUAUAUGUAUACAAGUUUCUCCAUAGUUGGAGCACCAUCUAUUACUUAAAACACCCCUAAUUUUGGUAUAGUCUUGAUUUUCACCCCUUCACGUAUAAUGGACCGUUCCAUAUCGUAGUAUAUAAGGCAGCUCAAGACAGAGAAACUUCGUCAGUUUUAUGUGGACCAUUGAACAGUUAACUAGGAUUAAAUAUUCCAACUGUUAAAGUAGAGAUAGAGUUACAAGAAGUAUUAUACAAAUUAAAGUUGAAGAAAACUGCAUAAGAAGGACAUCAUGCCAAAUACCAAGAAAACACCAAGGAAGGUGGUGUUUACACCAGCCUUGGAAGAAAAGUUUCAAUGCCCAUUCUGCCCAAUUGAAUUUGGAAAUAAAGAAGACCGAAACCGCCAUUUGAUUGAAUGUACAGAUUCACGGCUGUUCUGUGAGUUAUGUUCAUACAACACAAACAAGAGAGCUAAUCUCACCAGGCACUUUAAGAAGAUUCAUUGCAGUACAGAUAAUAAGGAUGAUUCUGAGGACACUGAGAGUGAGAUUGUCUCUGAAGAUAAAAGUAAAGAUGAAAACAACAACAAACCUGUAAGUGAAAGUGAGUCAUCAACUCAAACGAUGGACACACAUAAAACAAAAAUAACUACAGAACCAGAAGAAGGAGAAAAUUUUGUAGAUACUGUAAAGUUGGACAACUCAAAGAGUCUGUUUACAGAUUAUGACGAUAUCUCCAGUGAUGAGGAUGAUGAUGAUCUAGAACUUGUUGAUAAACCAAGUGAAGUUAUUGUUAGUCAGCCAAAGAAGCCUGUGGACGAAAUAGAUGAGAGUGUGAACAUGGGAAGAAUUUUCAGGAAGAAAACAGAUCCUAUGCCUAUAAUUGCACCAAAGAAAAGGAAAACAACUACAGUACAGGAUCUAAAAACAAAACUUGUCAAGACAAUGCCUGGUAUAACCAGUAUUAAUACAGCGACUCUGGGAUCAAAUACAAUACCUCACAGAUGUCAGUGUACUUGUAAUGUAGAUGAUAUGAAGACUGUGUACGUCAAGACAAUUACAAAGUAUCUGAAAGAUGGCAAACAAGUGAAAGUUGUUGAAAAGAAGGUUCCUAAGUGAAUAAUGAAGAAUUUGUGAUUUCAUGAUUUCAUAGUUUAAUUUGACUUUGAUUAUUAUAUG